AUGACGGUUCAACACUAUCUAGAAAACUUAGAUAUCGUACUGAUGUGGACAAUUGCGCAAUUGGCGGUACUCGCCUUCUUAGCCGCUUUUGCUACUGCUGGCGAAAUAGAACAGCUGAAAGAAGUUCUAGGAAAGUUUGACAAAGAUUACAAACAGGGCAAUAUGACGAGACUUGCGUCCGAUUUCAGAAGUGCAUUGAAGGAAUAUGGCGAUGGACAACAAGGGGAAUCGACCGUUGUGCAAGAAUUCUUGAAAAAAAUGGAGAGCAAUGGCGAGCAACGAGCAAUGGAAAAAUUAGAAACCGAAUGGAAAGAUUAUGUAACCGCUCUCGGAAAACAUUACGAUCAAAAGGAAACCAAUUUUAGAAUGGCAAUAUUUGCAAGCAACGAAUUAAUGACGGAAAAGAUAAAUAAAAAAUAUGAACAAGGCUUAGUUUCUUAUACAACGGCCCUCAAUGACUUGGCUGAUUUGACCGAUGAAGAAUUUAUGGUGAUGAAUGGACUUCGACUGCCCAAUCAAACUUAUCUUCGUGGGAAAAGACAGUCUUUUGAUACAUUUUACAAGUACGAUCAAAGGGAACGCUUACCAAGUUCAGUUGAUUGGAGAAAAAAAGGAGUCCUUACACCUGUUAGAAAUCAAGGAGAGUGUGGCAGCUGUUAUGCAUUUGGUGCACUUGCGGCAUUGGAAGCUUAUCAUAAGAAAAGGACUGGAAAACUUGUCAACUUAUCCCCACAAAAUGUUAUUGAUUGCACAUGGGAACAUGGUAACAAUGGUUGUGAUGGUGGCUUCAUGGUUCCGGUGUUCACAUAUGCAAAAUCGCAUGGCAUUGUAGCAGAAUCGAAAUAUCCGUAUGUGUUCACUGCAAAACGAUCGUGUAAAUGGAGAAAAGCUGAUGUUGUUGCCACUGAUAAAGGUUAUCUUGAAAUACGAGAUGGCGACGAACUGGGACUUAAGCAUGCUGUAGCUAAACAUGGACCUGUUGUUGUCGGAAUUUCCGGACAUCAACGAAGUUUCAGAUUUUAUAAGUCCGGUAUUUACUCCAGUAAUACCUGUACUAAACCAAGUCAUGCAGUAUUGAUUGUCGGUUACGGAACGCAUCGAACUCACGGUGAUUACUGGAUCAUUAAAAAUAGCUGGGGAACCCACUGGGGAGUUAAAGGAUACGGUUAUAUGGCACGAAACAAAGGGAAUAUGUGCCACGUUGCUUCGAUGGGUUCAUUUCCCAUCUGA